CUUUAAGGCUAAUAUCAGUUCGCUCAUUCAACAACGCCUCUUUACCUAUUCGCUCUCUCUCUCUCUCUCUCCUCGAAAUUCAGAAAAUCCCAAUCUGAAGAAUCUAGGGUUUCCGCUCUUCACACCCUAGGGUUUCUCCCACCUCUUCCAAUCUUGGCAUUAGUCAAACCAAGCCAUGCCUUCUGGGAGGCUUAUUGUGCUAUGCUGGUCUGGUGGCAAGUUCAUCACAGCUAGUGAUGGUUCCAUGAAAUAUACUGGUGGAGAGACUCAUGCUGUUAGCAUAGAUCGCGGAUAUAAGUUUCGUGAAUUGAAGUCGGAGCUGGUGGAGAUGUGUAAUGGUGAUCCUAAUACGUUGUCCAUCAAAUACUUCCUUCCCGAUAACAAGGACACUCUCAUCAGUAUAUCGAGUGAUAGAGACCUACAACGCAUGGUUGAUUUUCAUACGGAUUCCAAAACCGUGGAUGUUUAUGUUAUGAAGAAUGAGGAUGUGCUAGUGGUUCAAAGUCAGGCCUCCGUCGUGCCGUCUAGCAGGUCCAGUGGUAGUACAAUAAUAGACGAACCUGUAACCCCUAUCCAUGCUACUCCUAUUGCUGUGGAUAUGGAACAAACGCAUCUGCAGAUCUCUGCUGCAGGAGAUUCUGCACAUAAACUUGUUAAAUCAUGGUCAAAAUGCAUAACUGGUCUGUACCAGCAGUUUAAUAAUGUUAAGGAAUUGCGUGAGGCUUUGCGUAGGUAUAGUAUUGCUCUUGGAUUCAAGUGCAAAUAUAAGCAGAAUGAUAAUACUCGUGUGAACGUCAGAUGUAAAGCUGAAGGCUGCCCCUGGAGAUUUUAUGCGUCAAGGUUGUCAACUACCCCAUUAUUCCGAAUUAAGACAAUGAAUGAUUUACAUACAUGUGGUGCUGGUACAGUUAGAGAGAGCCGUCCUAAUGUGUCCAGGAAAAUGGUGGCCACUAUUGCCAAGGAAAAGUUGCGUGAUUCGCCAAAUUUAAAACCUAAGGAAGUUGCCAGUCAAAUUCAGCAGGAAUUCGGAAUUAAGUUAGAAUAUGCACAGGCUAGGCGUGGGAUGGAGACUGCCAGAAAGGAGCUUCAAGGUUCAUACAGUGAGGCAUACAAUCAGCUGCCUUGGUUGCGUGAUAAGAUUCUAGAGACUAAUCCAGGUAGUGUUGUCAGUCUUGUCACAAAGGACGACCAAAGUUUCCGAGGUAUUUUUAUUGCCUUGCAUGCCUCAAUAUACGGUUUUCAGAAUGGUUGUCGCCCCUUGGUGUUACUUGAUACUUUGACGCUGAAAACUAAGUAUCAGUCAGAACUGCUAACUGCAACAGCAUUGGAUGGAAAUGAUGAUGUUUUCCCGCUGGCUUAUGCUGUAGUAGAUGCUGCUAAUGAUGAUAAUUGGCGCUGGUUUUUGGUACAGUUGAGAUCUGCGAUUUCAACUUACCAGCCAAUAACAUUUAUGGCAGACAGACGGCUGGGCUUAGGACGUUUUAUUUCAUUGGUGUUUGAGAAUUCUUUCUAUUGUUUUAGUCUUCCUCAUUUAGCGGAUGAGUUAAAGUUUGAUCUCAAGGGCCCAAUCACUGAAGAAGUUGCCCGUGUAAUUAUUGCACACUUUUAUGAUGCUGCUCUGAGAACAUCUUUUGAAGGAUUCACGAAUGCUAUGGAGAGCAUUAAAAGCAUCUCGCCUGAAGCUUUUAACUGGCUUAUGCAAGGUCACCCCGAACAUUGGUCAAACUCGCUUUUUGCUGGUGCACGGUAUAACAAUAUUACAUCCGACAGUGGUCGAUGUUUCUAUAGCUGGAUUGAUGAGCACUCUGCAUUACCGCCAGUAAUACAGGUUCUGGAGACUGUUCGCCAAAAAUUGAUGGAGCUGAUUUACACCCGAAAGAUAGAGUCAGAUAAGUGGUCAACGCGGAUGACUCCAGCCAUAGAAGAUAAAAUGCAAAAGGAGAUCGUAAAGGCGGAGUCACUUAAAGUUUCAGAGUCACCUGACACGGGUUUUCAUGUACAUGAUUUUCUCGGGGUUGUUACUGUAGUUAAUAUUGAUGCUUGGAGCUGUGGUUGCAGGGCAUGGCAAAUUAAUGGAUUCCCCUGCUGGCAUACUGUGGCCGUCCUUCAACACUGUGAGAAGAACGUAUAUGAUUACUGCGCCACGUAUUAUGCAACUGAAUCAUAUCGGUUGGCAUAUGCAGAGCCUAUAAAUCCGGUUCCUACAUUAGAUAAGCCUCAGAAGAACGCUCCAGUGAUGGUACUCCCUCCUCCAUUUCGUCUUCAAACUGGCGAGCCGAAGCACAGGCGAGUUCGAUACAAGAAAGGAAUGAUUAAGAGGCCAUUACGGUGCAGCAAUUGCAAAGGAAUAGGUCACAACAGAGCAACAUGCCAUGUGGUUUUGAAUAACUAAACGACCGUUGCAUUGCAGCAAUUGCAAAGGAGCAGUCGUAGCUGAGCAGUUGCCGAGUUGACUCAUGAAUGUAUUAUAUUUUGUUAAGUUUGAACUAGUUGUACAAAGCAAACCUUAUGGUCUGGCUAGCUUUUUGGUUUUCUUAGCAUUUUGAAUUUCUUUCUGUAACAGACGGCUUUCGAUUUCUUAGCAUUUUUAUCUUAUUUUAUUUUAUUUAAAUUA